UCCGAUCUGGCACCAGCGCGUUGUGUGCGUCUCACACACGCAAGGUAGCCUGCUAGCACACUGCUGCAUAAACAUCUGUUUGGCUCCUUGGAUUUUUUAUUUAAUGACGUAUGAAGGUUCCCAGACUGAUAACUUCCAAAAGGCUCCCCUUUGUUUUCCAUCUGAACUCUAAUCACUGAUCAUAGGAUCAUGAAGGUGAACAAACCCACACAGGUCAAAAGUAAAUCUCAGAAAUGGAAGGAUGUGAGGGGCAAAAGGUGCAGGCCUUCCACUAAGUCCUCUGAUCUAGCUUCCAGUCCUGUCAUGAUCAGUAUGAUGAAGGAGCACCAGGUGUCUGUGAAGAAAAAACCCUCUGUUAAGAGGCUAAAAAACAAAGCAAAAGCUGUCUCUGAGCACAAGAUAAUUCCUCCAGAAUCUGGAUUUAAGAAAUCAUACUCUCAAGCUAACGGAAGCUCAGCGUUUACCCUUGACGAUGAGACAGAGGAUUUGAAGGACUGGAAGGAGUAUUCACAGUCAUUUCUUGGGAAUGGACACGUUGAGAGUUCAGGUGAUAUAGAGGAUGUCCAGCCUAGUAGACUGGAGGGAGAGGCUCUCCAUCACUGUGCACAAAGAGAUGAUCGACAAAACCGUGCAGUACUGGUCAUACAGAAAAAUCAGACCCUGUGUUUCCGUGGGAAGUGCUUUUUGACCUGUCUGUAUGGUCGUGUAGAAGUGAUGGGAUUCACCAUUGAAGAGGGCCAGAAAUCAUACCCCCUCUUCUCCCCUGCGUCACACUGUCCACUCACCAUUAGAGCAUUGGAAACCUCUGAUUAUGUUCGAGAUGACAGAGCAGAGGCUUCACACAUUCUUCAAAAGUAUCUUCAAGCAGCAUCACGGAAGAAGUUGCUGAAGAAGAUCACGUCAAGAUCAUCUGUCAUCCUACUGGAACCUCUGGAGACGCCUCUGACACGCUUUCUGUCAAGCUUCACAGAUCUCAGUGAAUUGUUCAGCCCUCCUGUGAGUGAACUCCUGUCAGCUGUUCUCGACACUCCCCUCAACGGUUUGGGCAUGAUUCCUAUGGCCAGCACCAUUGAAGGCCUCAAAAUGUCCAGGAGCUACAGAGAUGCCCUCAACACUGUAGUCAGCGCAUGCAGGGGAGACGUUGAUGGUUGUGCUGUUAUCCUCGUGUGUGGAACCAAGAAUGUGGGCAAGUCGACAUUUAUCCGCAUCCUCAUUAAUACCUUACUUAAUCAUACAGCUAGAGUGGAUUAUUUGGAGGGGGACCUCGGGCAGACUGAAUUCACUCCUGCCGGUUGCCUGUCUUUGUCAGCUGUCAGUGAACCACUUCUUGGGCCUCCGUUCACACACCAGCACACACCAGAGCACAUGAUCUACUACGGUCAGUCGUCAUGUGAGUCGGACUUAGACCGCUACCUGGAAUCUCUGAAGUCCCUGUGGCGUCGACGCCCCCAGAGCAGCGAGACUCCCAUCAUUAUCAACACCAUGGGCUGGGUCAAAGGAUUUGGGUUCCAGCUGCUGGUGGACUUAAUUCGCCUCCUGCCAGUCUCACAUGUGGUCCAGCUGAGCCACAGCAACACCACACAGUGCCCCCCACUCACUCCAGAGUUCCUGAUGACGGCACAAGGCUGCCAUACGCACCCACCUGCACAGACCCCUCUGGACGAGUUCACAGAGAGUCACUGCCUCCCCAGAAACUACACUCACCUGACUGUACAGGCAGAUUUUCAAGGUGUGGCGCGCCAAGGGACUUCGAAACACCAGCGCUCUAAUGAGCACAGAGAGCUGUCGUUGCUGGCCUACCUGAGUCAGCUACAGUCUCCUGACUCUGGACCAGUCAGACCUCUGCACAGCCUCAUCCCAUACCAGGUGCCUAACACAGCGGUGGCAUUGGGUGUGAUCCAUUGCGAUGUGGUGCCCACUCAUAUGUUUUACGCUGCUAAUGCCAGUCUGGUGGGUCUCUGCUGCCUGGCAGAGAAGGUAACGAGCAAAGGCGGCCCAGUCCUGCUGUCUCAGGCACCCAUCUGCCCAUGUGUGGGCUUUGGUGUUCUUCGAGGGAUUGACAUGGCACAAGGUCUGUACCUCCUGCUGACUCCCGUAGACCCCGCCAUACUCCGGAGGGUCAACUGCCUCCUCUUGGGAGCAAUUUCAUUGCCUUCAUGCAUCCUCACAACACAGCCUGGCUUUGAGGGAGAGAUGCCUUAUAUCACCACAGACUACAGCUUCGAUGUCACCGGCGCAGGAAAGCUGCGAGUCUUCAAGGGACUGACGAGGCCCAGUCAAACAGGAACGCAGUGACAUUUCUACACCGCAUCAGUUUAUUGCCUUUUCCAUUUGUUCGCUUGUCGUACAACAAACCAGUCGCACCAGCUUGUGAAUGUGCAGAACUGGAGUUGAUUUCGGUCUGCAGGGGUAGAUGGACCUUUUUGACAAACUCAAGUGCUCUCGUGUCUUAACAACCUGCUACUGUACAAACAUUUGGUGAAACUGGGAAUUUUUCUGUAUCCCACAUGAAUGAAAUGAAAUACCUUGUAGUUGAAGCUUGUUUAAUGUCUCUUCCUUUUUUUUUUUUUUUACAUUCCAAAUUUAAAAACCUGCCUGAUAAUAAACAGAAAACAACUUUGGUUAACAGUUUGUGCUUUCUGCUUCUUUAUUAUUGAUUGAAAAGUAAUUUGUCAAUUUUUGGUUGUGUUAAAGGAUAGAAACGAUUUCCACGUGGUUUACUUGUAAAUCUAAUAAAGAAGUAAAGACAUUGCUUUGGCAAGUGGAUUAAACCAAAAUAUCUUUCA